UAAAAAAUAUUAGUUAUUAGUUUUAUUCCAGUAAAUAUUUUUUAAUUUUAAUUUAAUGAACGUUAGUUAAAUUAUUCCUCAGUGUUGGUGAUAUUUACACUGUCAGUUUGAGUGGCAUAUAGUGUUAGUACUUAUAUAGAUUAUCUCGAAUCUUAAAUAUGCGUCGUGAGUGCAUGGUUUUGUUAAUAUUAAAUUUGGCUGAAUAUUUAGCCAACUCAAAGAAUAUUCCAGUCACAGAUGAUAAAACAGACUUAGAUUGGUGGCAAACAGCGGUUUUCUACCAAAUCUAUCCAAGAUCAUUUAAGGAUAGCAAUGGUGACGGUAUAGGAGAUCUUAAAGGAAUUGAGGAGAAAGCGGAACACUUUAAAGACAUAGGAGUGGACUGUGUUUGGUUAUCUCCCAUUUUUAAGUCACCUAUGGCAGACUUUGGUUACGACAUUUCGGAUUACAAUGCUAUUGAUUCCGUGUAUGGCACAAUGGAUGACUUUGUUUCGUUGCAGAAAAAAUUGAAAUCAUUAGGCAUUAAAAUUAUAAUGGACUUCGUACCUAAUCAUUCAAGUGAUGAACACGAAUGGUUUAAAAAGUCUGUAGAAAAAAUUUAUCCAUACACAGAUUAUUAUGUUUGGAGAGAUGCUAAAUGCGAUGAAAAUAACUUGAGAAUACCACCAAAUAAUUGGCAAAGUUUAUUUAGUAAUUCAGCAUGGACUUGGAAUGAACAACGUGGGCAGUAUUAUUUACAUCAAUUUGAUCCUAAACAGCCAGAUUUAAAUUACAGAAAUAAAGAAUUGGUUACAGAAAUGAAAAAUAAUUUGAGGUUCUGGUUAGAUCUUGGUGUAGAUGGGUACAGAGUAGACGCCGUACCGUUUUUAUUUGAGGAUUCGCAAUUUUUAGAUGAGCCCAAAAAACCAGAAGAGCUCGCUAAAAAGGAGAAAAAUACUUAUGAUCGAUAUUAUCAUGAUUACACAAUGGAUUUACCUGAAACGUAUGAUAUGAUCAGUCAAUUUAGAGACGUUUUUGAAGAAUAUAAACUGAAAGAUGGAAAAACCAGAGUUAUGAUUACUGAAGCGUACACUACCAUUGAAAACACUAUACGAUAUUAUGGUAAUAAGACUAAUUUGGGAGCACAUAUGCCAUUUAACUUUGGAUUGAUUGAACGAUUAAAUGAUUCUUCAAAUGCCGCUAAAUUCAACGAUGCGGUGAAUAGUUGGUUGGAUAUCAUGCCCGAUGGAAAAUGUGCGAACUGGGUAAUCGGCAAUCACGAUCAACCGCGCGUGGCCACGCGGUUCGGCAGCGAAAUGGUGGACGCCAUGAACAUGUUGAACAUGUUGUUGCCCGGUGUCGCGUUCACGUACAUGGGCGAGGAGAUCGGCAUGUCGGACACGGCCGUCCGCUGGGACCAGACAGUGGACCCGAGGGGCCUGAACGCGGGGCCCGACGGUUUCCGGAUAUUGAGCAGGGACCCGGCCAGGUCGCCGUACCAGUGGAACGCCACGGCCCACGCCGGGUUCACGGCGGCUUCGUCGAAACCGUGGCUUCCGGUGAAUCCCAACUACUGGAAGCUGAACCUGGACGCGCAACGGAAACAGCACUGCAGCCACUACACCGUGUACAAGCGGCUGGCUAGGCUCCGGAAGACCCGGACGGUGCAGCGCGGUUCGUUCGAAGGCAGAGCGCUGUCCGAGUGGGUGUACGCGUUCACCAGGUCACUGCCGUCAGAAGAAACUUAUCUGGUGGUGAUAAACGUGGGAUCAGAGGAAGAACGUGUCAACUUGAUGAGCAGUUGGCCAACUGCAGCCAAAGACGAAACGUGGGUGGUACACACGCCAAGCGUUAAUUCACAAUUCUCAAUUGGACAUUCAUUGAAGACAAGUGAAUUUACGAUGAGACCUAAAUCGGCCAUGGUUUUGUGUAACAAAAGACAUUCAUUGGUUUUGUCGUCAUCUUCAUCAUCAACCUCUUCGUUAUCCUCGUCUUCGCUGAUGUAUCCAAUAGCAAUGUUCGUAGUCGCCUUGAGUUACAGUUAUAUAUUAGUCAAGUAGUAAUUGUCAGUCGUCUAUGAACAUCGAUUAUACAUCAUAACAUCAUUAUAGUUAUAAAAUCGAUAAUUUUCGUAUCUAACAAUAUCAUAUAAUGACUAUUAAAAAACAUAAAAAUUAAAUUUAUCGCCUAUUAUUUAUUGUAUCUAUUAAAAAAAUUAUAUUACAAAUUAACAAAAUAAAUUGAGUAAUAAGAUAUUGUAUCGGUGAACGGCAAUCGAUACUAUACGGCCUAAAUAAUAAUAUUUAUAAAAAUGAUUAUAAAAUAAAUACCUAUCAUUCGAAA